UCGCGGCGAGGAUCGAGUCUAGGCCGAGAGAGCCGGUGCCGGCGAGUCAGUCCGCGCGUGGAAACCGGCGAGCGUCAAACCCGCCCGCCGUCGCGCACCUCUGGAACCAAAACAGUCUCCACGCGAACGCCAUCCUCCUCCACUCCGUCUUGGUCCUCCCUGUUAGGUCCACGAUCAGAUUCGCAAGGGUGAAGGACAAAAUGAAUCGUGUACUCGUCGCGAGUGCGUGGUGAGGGGGCGAUUUUGGAGCGCGGAUUUCUUUUUAUCGAGGGAAAAUUUCGUAUUUUGAGAAGCGCAGAAUGGAGGAGGUAUCCGUGGACAAUACCAAGGAUUCGGGAUAUUCCAACACCUGCAGCAACAGCCAGUCGCAACGCAGCAGCGACAGCUCGAUUUCGAGGAACAGCAAUCGCUCCGAGAGCAGCGGUUACUGCGGUAGACGUCCUUCGACCUUCGCAUCCAGCCAUGAGGCACUACCACAACCGAUAAGCAAGAGAAAGGACAAGGAGCACAAGAAGAAGAAAUCGAAAGUGGUGGCUGCGCUUAACGCCAUCGAAGCGGAAGCCGGCCCGAAGACGGUGGUAAACGCGUUGCCGGAAGUCGCGUCGUAUAACACCGUUGCGCCGGUGAACGUCAUACUUGACAAGAAACCAGAAGAGGUAACCACUGUAGAAUUGGUGGACGCAACGGAUCCCGGCGAGCACAACGGCGGAACCGUCGCAGAUCCGGAAGCAGGACUUGCUUCACGGACGGUCCUCCUGGACGAUUCCACGUCUCAGGCCAAUGAUGGAUUUUGCGCGGUGAUUUCAAUGCACGACGGUCUCGUGCUGUAUACAACUCCGUCGAUAUGCACCGCUCUCGGUUAUCUCAAGGACGCCUGGAUUGGCAAAUCUUUCAUCGAUUAUGUUCAUCCAAAGGACAAGAACACCUUGGCCGAUCAGAUCACCAGUGGCAUCGCGUCGCCGCCGGAAGGAGAACGAUCUAAGGGAAUCAAUGGCAGAAGGGCGAGCUUGUUCUGCGGUUUGCGGAGGUUCACCAGGUGCACCGAAAUGCCGAAUGGAUAUCGAGCAGACGCCCGAUCGAAUCUGUACUUGCCUUUCCACCUGACUUUGUCGUUCCGGGACUUGCGGGACCGAACGGCCGAGCAACAGCUCAGCAACCGAGCUAUGUUCCUCGUAGUUACCGCUCAACCCGUCCAUUCCGCAUACAAAGCGCCAGAAGAAACAAUAAUAUCUUCGGUAUUCACGACCCGCCACACUGCGACGUGCCACCUAUCCCAUGUUGAUCCCGACGUAGUCCAAUAUUUCGGCUAUCUACCACAGGAUAUGGUUGGCCGUUCGCUGUUUGACUUCUACCAUCCCGAGGAUCUACCUUUCAUCAAAGACAUCUAUGGGACUGUGAUCAAACUCGAAGGCUCCUCCUUCAGGUCGAAGCCGUACAGGUUCGCCGUGCAGAACGGGAGCUGCGUCGUCCUCGAGACCGAGUGGUCAUCCUUUAUCAAUCCCUGGACGAAAAAACUAGAGUUUGUCGUAGGUCAGCAUCGGGUGCUCAAGGGACCAAUGGAUCCGGACAUCUUCCGCGUACCGCGCGAUACCGAGCACAGCUACCUGGCUAGCAUUAGUGAGGAAGUGCUGAAGGAGGCCAAGAUCAUCCAGGGUGAAAUACGGGCGCUUCUUGAUGAGAGCAUCCAGAGAACGUCAGAUAUAACCGAGCUCGACGUGUCAAAGCGAUGUAAGGAUCUAGCAUCCUUCAUGGAAAAUCUGCUGCAGGAGAUGAAAACUCCCGGAGUCGGCAAGGAUGGACUGCUCGCGGCGGACGAACUCAGGAGCUUUUCGGGAUCACGAAAUCCCUUGUUGCAGGAGCACGACAGCGUGAUGCUCGGUGAGAUCUCGCCCCAUCACGAGGACUACGACAGCAAGUCCUCCACGGAAACACCGCCGAGCUACAAUCAGCUCAACUACAACGAGAAUCUUGAGCGCUUUUUCAAAAGCAAACCCUCAGUUGCGACCAUGUACGGCAGCGAUGAAGAGAACGUCAAUUCCAGCAACGACGAAGGCGCGCGAAAGUGUAUGUCGCCGAUAAACGGAAGCGGGGCGAGCGGCAGCGGUAGCGCAGAGAACCUGAGCAGUGGUUCCAACAAUCAAACAAGCUCUGCAAGUCGGGGUGACGCAUCCAACACCGCCAGCAACAGCAACACCACUGCGACGGAGAGCUUCAAGUCACCUACGCUGACGGAGUUGCUGUUGAAUCGCCACAACGAAGAUAUGGAGAAGAUGAUGAUGCAGAAGCAUCGGGAGCUACGCUCCAGCAUCAAGAACAGUGACAAGCUAAAAGACUCGCGCAUCAAGACGGAGAAGGUCAACGGUACGGACCAGAGCACUCAUUACGUUAGUCAAGGUCAUGGGAUCAAAAGGAGCGGCAGUCAUAGUUGGGAAGGUGAUAGCUUUAAGGUAUCGAAACAUGAUAAAAUCUUGAAGACAAGCACGGUAGGUCCAGCAAAUCUCACAACCACUGUCAGCAUGAGUCUCGAUCAAUCGACCGUGGUACAAACGGGGGCGAAUAUUAAUUUGUGGUCACCAUUGUCGGCUGUACCCUCUUCCGCACCAACUAAACCUUGCGUUCCACCUCAUAAUACUAACUCGGAGGCUGUACCCAGAUUUCCAUUACUUCUGUCAAUGAUACCGGUGUACUACACGCCGGUACCGCAACCCAGCGAGUCGUCGCAAGAGAAGCUUGGCCCACCUCCAUCAACGCAAUCGAGUCAACAAAAUCCUAUAUCUUACGUCGCGACGACGAUGGCUGGUGGGAUGAUCUAUCCGGCAGUGAUCGGCGCACCUUCACCACGUGCUAUGAUGUACCGACCCUUUCUGAUACCCGAGCAAGUACCGGCGGCAACACGCGAGAACCAAUUGCCAUCCAACGACAAGUGUCCGGAUCGCAAACGACCAGCCAGUCAAGCGACCAGCAUCAAGGCCGAGUCGGGGAGCACAAUGGCUAUGUCUGAGUCCUCCAAGAAGGUUCUAUCGCCCGGCGAAUUGUCUCCAUCAUGCGUGAGUAAUGACGGCGGCUGUUCGAGCAUGGUAGACCUAACGCCGGUGAUCAUAAAAGAACAUCGCCGGCUGACUGACUACAACGGGGAUGAGUCGAGCUCAUCCAGCUUCUAUAGUAGCAGCUUCAUAUACAAGAGUAGUGAUAGCAGCUGCAAUCCGGAUCAGAAGACAUGCGAAGUCUUUUCUGAGGAGCACACCAAGUGCCAUCAGGGAAUGCGAAGGAGGGCUCCACCCUGGCUAGAGGGCGUUCAACUGACACCGGAGUUGAUCUAUGAAUACCAGAUGCAUCCUGGAACACUGAACGAAGUGCUGAAAGCCGACUUAGACGUGAUGAAAACCUUCAGUCAACCGCUAUUGGUCAAUGAUCAACUGGGUCAGCUCUACCUGGACCUGGAGAUGGAAGGUUUCGGUACUGAACUUGUUCUCGAAGAUGGGAUUACGUCAAGCGGAAGCGAUAGCGGAAGCAGCAACAGCAGUUGGACUGAAUCGCAACGCAAACAGAGGAAAAGAAUGAUGAAAUACGGCAAGUUAGUGAUGAUCCAUGAGGAGAAUGCGCCUCUACCGCCUCCGUUACCAUCUCAGACUGUAUCUUGCCAACAUUCAUAGAAGCUGCGAUCGACCUGCUACGAAUAGUUCCAAAAGACACCCAAAGUUAGUGUUUGCUUCGUAAUUUGCGUUUUUUUCAAAUGGGUUCAAAAUCAAAUUAGAAUUCUUUAAACUAUUUGAAACAUCCUUAUCGAAAAUGUCACAAACAUGAAAGGACUUGUGUGUAUAAGCGACGAAUGAAAUGCACUCGGUGAAGGGCACGUGAUUUUAUCGAUAUUCGAGAAUAACACAAUCCCAGUUUUUACAUCUUUUUUGAAAGAUUCGAUUUCUAUUUAAGAAAUAAGAUGACAAUUAAAGUGGAUUACAAGUGCAUCAUGUAUUGAGAGACUAAUCGAGUUCUGAGAUAGAUUGAUCAAGGUACAAAGCUAAGAAAUGUUUUGAAGUUGCCUUAGCAGCUGGUAGCAGAGUACAUUUCCUAAGAUGUUUAAUGCGAAGUAGAGCUCAUUAUUAAAUACCUGUGAGAUUUCCAUGAGAUUGCACUUACAUUAUAUUUAUGUACGUGUUUCUCAGAGAUUCAGAAUCAUGAAUGUUCGCACAAUCACGGAUGUAGUUUCUAAUUGAAUCGUGAUUGAAUGAACGCGCGAUAAUCUUUAAAAAUAUUCUAUAGAAAGUAUAAUACGAUAUAAUUAUAAUAUUAACGCCCGACUAAAAAUGACUGGUUUUCUCGACGCGGUGCGUCGAAAGUAGCCUUUAUAGUAAAACAGAACAAGUGUAACGAGUGAACUCGACACAAUUUUUAAUACCGUCCGCGUAACGUUUUGUACACAUAUUUGCGUUAUAAAUAACUGCGAAUUGACCGAGAAAUUUGUACAGUCGAUUUUGUAUUAACUAGACGGAAAAUGCGUGCGAGGAUGGAAAAAAUACUUUUGAUAAAGUAAUUCUUGCGUAAUCUAUUGCUUUUUUUCUAUCGCUAUUUUCG